GUCAUCACAAAAAGUGAUUUUCUUUUACUGAGUUGGUCAUUUGGCUGAGGAAUGAAAUUAGUUUUCUAUUCAGCCAUAUAUAUUACUCUCAGUAAUAGAAAUGGAAGUGUUUAAUAAAUUUUAUUCAUCUGUUAGUAAUACUGUCUCACAGUUAUCAGGAGUAUUACCUGGUAAUCCGGUAACAAGAGAGUUUGAAGCAACGCAAUUCAUCGCGAGUGCUGGUCCAGGUUUACUAUGGAAAAUUUACAAAGGCUACAAGAAAUCUACGAAGCAAGAGGCCUCGAUAUUUGUAUUUGAAAAGAAACAUCUCGAUAGAUGGUCUAAAGCCGAUAGAGAUAUAAUGAUGGAAAUUUUGAGGCGAGGCAUCGUUCAGUUGACAAAGCUGCGGCACCCUCAAGUACUGACAGUUCAACACAGCCUUGAAGAGAGUAGAGAAAGUUUGGCUUUCGCAACAGAACCUGUGUUUGCAAGCUUAGCUAACAUUUUAGGCAACACUGAAAACAUGCCACAGCCAAUACCGAGUCACUUAAAUAAUUAUAAACUCUAUGAGUUAGAGAUAAAAUAUGGUUUGAUGCAAGUUGCUGAAGGUUUAGCAUUUUUACAUAAUGAUGUCAAGCUACUUCAUCAUAAUUUGUGCCCAGAAUCAAUUAUAGUAAAUCAGCAGGGUGCAUGGAAGAUAUUUGGUUUUGAUUUUUGUAUUGCCAAUCAAAGUGGACCAGGGGUAGCCCCAUUUUGGCCAUUUGCUGAAUAUUGCCAAGCUAUGCCUCCUCUGACUCAACCUAGUCUCGAUUACUUAGCUCCAGAAUAUGUCCUAUCUGCUACACACUCCCCAGCUAGUGAUAUAUUUUCUUUAGGAAUGGUAAUAUAUGUUUUGCACAGUACUGGCCAUCAAACUCUAGGAAAUAUUUGUAAUGAUUAUUCUAAAUUCAAAAGGUUUGCUAUUGAUAUUAAAAGUUUACCUUCCUCUCGGUUGUCAUAUGUGGCUGAAGGUUUGAGAGAGUAUGUCAAGCUCAUGCUGAAUGUGACUCCUGAAUUAAGGCCAGAUCCACAUCAGUUUCUUAAAAUACCAUAUUUUGAAGAUGUUGGAGUUAAAACAUUGAAUUACUUGGAUUCUUUAUUCCAAUGGGAUAAUUUACAAAAAUCUCAGUUUUACAAAGGUUUACCCCAAGUGAUACAGAAGAUGCCUCACCGAAUAUGUAUUUAUCGUAUACUGCCUUGCCUUACUAAGGAGUUUGUAAACCCGCCCAUGGUACCAUUUGUGCUACCAAAUGUUUUGCUCAUUGCUGAAAACUCUACAAAGGAUGAAUACAUCAAAUAUAUUCUGCCUGUGUUAAAACCUGUCAUGUUGAUUCAGGAUCCCAUACAAAUAUUACUUAUAUUCAUGCAGAAAAUGGAGCUCUUAUUAAAAUUAACACCAGGGGAAGAAGUUAAAAGUGACAUUUUACCGAUGUUGUAUAGAGCUUUAGAAUCUGAUGCUCAACAAAUACAGGAGCUGUGUUUGUCAGUGCUUCCAACGUUUGCGUCACUGAUAGAUUAUCCUGCUAUGAAAAAUGCACUCCUGCCACGUAUAAAAAAAUUGUGUAUGAGUACAAACUACAUAUCCGUGCGUGUGAACUGUUUACUGUGUUUGGGAAAACUUUUAGAGCAUCUAGAUAAAUGGCUAGUUUUAGAUGAGAUCAUUCCAUUUCUGCCACAAAUACCAUCAAGAGAACCUGCUGUACUAAUGGGGAUUUUAGGUAUCUACAAAUUGGCAUUAAGCCACAAGAAAUUGGGAAUUACAAAAGAAGUAAUGGCAACGAAGGUUCUACCGUUUUUGAUUCCUCUGUGUGUUGAGAAUGGUCUGACUUUGAACCAAUUUAAUGCACUCAUCACAUUAGUUAAACAAAUGAUCUCCAAAGUGGAGACUGAACACAGAGCAAAGUUGGAGCAACUCAAUUCAAUACAAAAUGAAUCAAAAGUGAUGGAUCAAGCUCUAUCGACGACAACAGACAACCUCGUCUCUGCACCCGCUCCUCAGACAGAUAUAGACAAAAUGUUUUCUGGGUUGGGUCUCGAUCCAUUUUCCUUCAAUAAUACGAAGACCCCGGAAAAAACUGAUCCCACCUUCCCUGUCAUUGGCGAUAGUAGUGGAUUGUUAAGCAUCGAAGAUAAGCAAAGGAUAGCCAGGCAACAGGAGACAGUGAAGAAAUUCUCACAGCAAACAAUGCCAACAGCGAUACCGGCACCACCUAAGCAAAUACCCAAACCUGUAGAUCUCACGAGUUCCCUUCUGCAGUCAAAUCUCAAUCAAUUCACCACACAGAAAGCGUACACAUCAUCAACGCAAAGUAUGCCAAUGCAAGCACCAAACUAUAAUUUGACCGGUUUAUCUAACCAGCCGAGUUUCAAUACCUCUAUCGGUCCAAACAGAUCAUACACUCAUAAUUCCAGUACGCCCACUGGUUUUGAUAGUCAACCAGCGUUGCCAGCCAAUACGGGCUGGUCGGGUAAUGCGUCUGGCAACUUUAACAACAAAUGGGCCAACAAUCAAAAUAAUCAGACGAAUAUGAAACAAGACUGGACGGCUUUUGAAUCUCUACUACCCAGUCAGACGCAAACAAACAACAAUCAGGGAUCUAAUAAUAAUAUCAAAAAGUUAACCAGUAGUGAAAUGAUGGACUUGCUCGGUUGAUAAAGGUUCUUAAUUGACACAUAAUAAGAAAAGCUGUGAAUGAUUUGUGAUGUCAGAUGAAUUUAUGAAAUUACUGCAUCACACAUUUCAAAGCACAAUGCUAUUUGAUAACAUAAAGGCUAUAAUUAGUCAAUUGGUAUGACUAUAUUUUAUGCAUGAAUGUGUGAUUUUAAGCGUUAUGGAUUUAAAUAUUUAACACACAGCAAAUUUGUUAACUGGAGUUAUUAAUUCCACGAACAAAACAUUGACAUAUGUAUGGAUUUAUCAAUUGUAAAUACACCACUAUACAUUUAAAUUAACAUGUUUUUGUUCAUUUUCAGUAAUCUAAAACUGUAACGAAUCUCCAUUUCUCUACAAAGUAAAUCAUAAAUUUUCUGUAAAUGGUAUAUUUACAUGUUCAACAUAUUAAC